CUUGCGCUCAUUCACUUCGGUUGAGUUGUGUGCAAACGUUCGUGUGUCAAUAGCAAAACUCGGCAACCAAGACCAAGAGCUACCUGUGGCAGCAGGCGAAAGCGCAGUGCGGUGCAGUUUCAAAUCUCAACGUUAAUACAAUAGUCAAUCUGCAGACCAGCAUGUCGCAAUCGAGGACCUUUGGAGCGCAAUCCCGCAAAUCUUAUGUAGGCCUUUUAUUGCUCACUGCGUGUGCAUUCCUAACGCAAAGCGUGCUGGCAGCUGCCACUUCGGAUGCAGCUUACGGCGAGACUGAGGUGCAUAAAGACAAUGAUUAUCCCACACUUAUCAAGCGACCGGCAUUCUUCGUGGGCAGUCGCUAUGGACGCUCAGGCGGCAAUGGAGGCGGGGCUGGCAAUAAUGGAGCUGGAUCUGGAGUGGGGCCAUCGAAGACACGACGUCUCAUCAUAGUUCCACGCAACGAUCGCUUCUUUCUCGGCUCGAGGUAUGGCAAGCGCAGCGAUGAGUAUCUCUCGCCCUACGAGCAGAGCAGUCUCAGCCUGGACCUGAACAAGGCUGCGCUGCGGGACUCGGUGGAGAAUGGCAUGGAUAAUGAGAAGCCUGGACCAAGCAGGACAAGACUUGCACCAGGCACGACAAUGUCCUGUGUGUACACGGGCAUCGGAAACUUUUAUCGAUGCAGCAGUGCAGAUGAGCUCAACAAUAUUAUGAAUCGCAGCGAGGGAUUGACAAUGGAUUCGAAUAGCAUAGGCGCGGAGGAUGCCAACACCAAGUAGAAUGCCGGACAUUCUUGGCAUUAACCGGAAACGGAAACCGAAACUGUAACGGCAACGGCAAUUGAUUGACCAUCCUAUUGUGACACCUUGAUCCUCCUGGCAGUUAAAAUACUACAUGCAUUCAUAGCUUAAAACAUACUUGUUAUCCUUUUCGCUUUUCUGUUUGACAUUAGCAAAUGGUAUUAAGAUUUUUAACGGGGCUGGAAAAGUUUUAAUACCCAAAAAUAACGAAGAAAUUGUAAAUAUACACAUCUACUAUUAUUGUAAUGAAUAAUCCUAGCUGUCUA